GGCUGCCGGGCGCCAGGCAGAACGUCCCCUACCUCCCGACGGGCGUGCAGACCUCUGACCCUGGAGUCUCUCGGCCGCCGGGAGUCGUCCCCUUGGGUCGUCGCCCGGGCCGCCCGCCGUUCUCCGGCCCCGAGGGGCCCGGCCGGCCGCGGCGAGGGGAGAGGUCAGCAUGAGCCGGGGGGUCGGGCGGGCCGGCGCAGGGCAGGGGGCGGCGGCCGCGUUGCAGCUGCUGGUCACCCUGAGCUUCCUCCCGAGCGUCGUCGAGGCCCAGGUCACCGGUGUCCUGGAUGACUGCUUGUGUGAUGUUGAUAGCAUCGAUAACUUCAACACCUUCAAAAUCUUCCCCAAAAUAAAAAAGCUGCAAGAACGAGACUAUUUCCGUUAUUACAAGGUCAACCUGAAGCGACCGUGUCCUUUCUGGGCAGAAGAUGGCCAUUGUUCAAUAAAAGACUGUCAUGUAGAGCCUUGUCCAGAGAGUAAAAUUCCAGUUGGAAUUAAAGCUGGGAGUUCUAAUAAGUACUUGAAAGUGGCAAACAAUACCAAAGAAUUAGAAGAUUGUGAACAAGCUAGUAAACUGGGAGCAAUUAACAGCACAUUAAGUAAUCAAAGCAGAGAAGCUUUCAUUGACUGGGCAAGAUAUGAUGAUUCACAGGAUCACUUUUGUGAACUUGAUGAUGAGAGAUCUCCAGCUGCUCAGUAUGUAGACCUUUUGCUGAAUCCUGAGCGUUACACUGGCUAUAAAGGGCCCUCUGCGUGGAGAGUGUGGAACAGCAUCUACGAAGAAAACUGUUUCAAACCUCGAUCUGUUUAUCGUCCUUUAAAUCCUCUGGCACCCAGCCGAGGAGAAUCGUUCUACACGUGGCUAGAAGGUUUGUGUUUGGAGAAAAGAGUCUUCUAUAAGCUUAUAUCGGGACUUCAUGCUAGUAUCAAUUUACAUCUAUGCGCAAAUUAUCUUUUGGAAGAAACCUGGGGUAAACCUACCUGGGGACCUAACAUGAAAGAAUUUAAACGCCGCUUCGACCCUGUGGAAACCAAGGGAGAAGGCCCAAGAAGGCUAAAGAAUCUGUACUUUUUAUAUUUAAUUGAGCUUCGAGCUUUAUCAAAGGUGGCCCCUUACUUUGAGCGCUCAAUUGUUGAUCUUUACACUGGAAAUGUAAAAGAGGAUGCUGACACAAAAACCCUUCUACUGAAUAUCUUUCAAGAUACAAAGUCCUUUCCCAUGCACUUUGACGAGAAAUCCAUGUUUGCAGGUGACAAAAAGGGGGCCAAAUCGUUAAAGGAGGAAUUCCGGUUGCAUUUCAAGAAUAUCUCCCGUAUAAUGGACUGUGUUGGAUGUGACAAAUGCAGGUUAUGGGGGAAAUUACAGACUCAGGGUUUAGGAACUGCCCUGAAGAUAUUAUUCUCAGAAAAAGAAAUCCAAAAGCUUCCAGAGAACAGCCCAUCUAAAGGCUUCCAACUCACUCGACAAGAAAUAGUUGCUCUUUUAAAUGCUUUUGGAAGGCUUUCUACAAGUAUAAAAGAGUUACAGAAUUUCAAAGUCUUAUUACAACACAGUAGGUAAUAGAGGCUUUUAUAUGUCUAAUUAGAGACAUAAAGUGACUGUGUGAAGCCUUUUUAGUCUUGGACAUUUCAGCAGAAGGAGACUAAUCUUCAGACUUCAAGAAUUCUGAACUCUUAAAGAGAAAAUUCAGAUGUUCACUUGAAUAUUUAUGCUUCUUAAUAGAUUAUCAAUUAGAGAUAUUUGUAAAGGAAGUAUAUACUUUUAAAACAUGUAAACUACACUAAUUCUGUAUUUAAUUCCAUGUGUUUCCAUCUGUUGAAUAUUCUGCUAUUCCAUUUGUUUAGAAUUGGCUUUGUGCUUAUUCUAUUCUUUAUUUCCAGCUGUCAAACUUAAAUGACUAUGUCUCCAUCUGAAUAAUACUGUUAACUAGUCUAUUAUGGAAAAGGAGAGCUAGGGAGCAAAUGUUGCUUAGGGCAGGUAUCAGUGACAAAAAUUCGUCAGUUAUUUUUAAAUGUAUUUUUAGCCUUGCCUAGCUCUGUGUGUCACCUUCUGUAAUAUGGAAGUGUCAGCGUGAUCAAUGACCCUUUCAAUGUAUAGUUAUAACUUAGAAUCCCCAAGGCUUCGGUUUCAUUGGUUUUUAUUGAAGAUUUUAGGUGGUGGUUGUUGUGUUUUGCUUUGGUCUAAAGGACCUGCUUCGGCAAAGGUGAAUAAGUACUAUCCCCAUGCUACCCAGCCAGAUUUCAUGUGCCUGUGGUGGGCUGGCUCAAGAGGAUUCUUUAGAACCUGUAAAUUAGAACCUGUAAAUCAGUUUCUAUUGAUUGUGUGUUUAUUUGCCCCUACUCCAAUUUUAGAAAUUUUUGUUUAAUAAACCAAAAAAAUCGCAUAAAUACUUAUUUAACAGUUUCCAUCUUGAUAAAAUUUGAAUGGAAUUGUAUGGAUUUAUAACACCAAAUGAAAACACUAUAUACACAAAACUUACUAUUUUAAAGUAAGCAUUUUUAAAGGACUUUAUUUCAGAAUACAGUCUAUGCAAUGCUCUUUCAAUCUGAUUUUCUUUGGUAGGGUAUUUAAGUAGAUAAAUUAAUUCAUACCUUCUCUAAGCUUCCCCUUUCCCCACCUUUUCUUUUUUAGUUCUUUGUAUAUAAAUGGUACUUCAUGUGACUUGUACCAACAGAUGACUUCAUAAGUCCUAAACUGUCAUUUUUUAAACCUAGGAUUUAAAUAUCCUUAAUAUUUAAAAUAUUGAUUAUUUUAAAAGGUGUUAGUAUAUAUAAUGUGAUUAAUUUGGAAGGUUGCAUCUGUGUAGAAGUCACGCGGGUAUCAGUCUUUCAUGAAGUAAAUAAGUGCUCUUAAACCCAUAUCUUAUCCUGCCAAAGUCUGAAUGUGUUCACUGAUGAUUUUUAGUGACGUAUUUUAACUUGUAUUUAGUUGGCUUAUCCCUUUUAAAAAUACUUAGCCGUCCCUUGGAGGUCUAUGGUUUGAGGGAGUAAGAUCUCACUAUUUAAUUAUUUUCUUACCCCAUUUCUAACCUUUAUAGACCUGGAGUUUUCAUUUUGUUGUUGACAGUGGUGGUAUUUCUUUUAAGUUGAAUAAAACAGGCUGACUUGGUUGGAGGCUCCUCUACUUUUUCCUUUCAUUUUUAGGGAUGCAAGUUAUUGUCUGGUGGGAGAGGGGGACCUUCAGGUAAAUUUGUCUAAAAAGUGAAUAUCUAAGUAAUCUUGCUGGUAAAUUAAUAAGAAUUAUUCUUAGUGUUUUUCAGAGUCUAAGAAAAUGUGAAUGUUUUGCACUUUGUCUAUUAUUACUGUAAGUUUAAAAAUCUUUUUGGUAGUGUCACUUCAUCGUUCCCUCAGUUAAAGAUAAAGGCUAUUAUUUAAGCUCUGUUUCCUGGAGAAGAUCUUUGGUCAUUUCCAUUUCUUGCUUCUUUCCUUUACUGUGAUUUGUUUCAAGAUUAAUUACAAUUGUGUAUUAGAGUGAGUUCUAGGAUUAAAAGAUCUAGUUAGGGUAAAAAGUUCUUUUAAAGGUUUUAACAGAUCUUUCACUACCAAGAAAAUAAACAAAUGAAGUAUUCUUAAGCUGAAA